AUGGUCAAACUCCAGGCCUCUACCGUCUCGAAUCAAAUCGUCACGAAACGGAAAAGGAAGCGACCUGCAACAGACCCCGAGCCCCAUGGCGAGAUAGACCUCACCGCAUCACCAAGCAAUGAAGCCUCCAACACCGUCACCGUCCCCACCAAAACGCAGGAUGGCGGGAAGAAGCCUCGUCGAACAGCGAAAGGCGAUCAACCCCCCCUUGUUCGGCGGGACUCGUCUACCGUCAUCGAGUCUGCCAUCCCUUGGCCUGAGGAGUUCACCAAGUUAUCGCAGACUCAUAAAGCGCUGAACCUGGUUUACACGCUCUGCUGCACCCGCAAGCAUUUCGCGACGACUUUCGAAAACAUGCGAAGCGCCGUGGAGGCCAACAUCAAGCGCGAGUUCAAAGUCGAAGACGUGGCCAAGAUGAAAUUGCUCAUUCCGAGAGCAAUCACUUUCGAUUAUGUCAAUGAACAGUUGCUACAAGUUGCCCUCAUGGCUGAGGAAGAUCUGCGAGGGAACAAAAGUGUGCACGACAUCUUCCCUUCCAAUCCAGCCGAAGAGCGGAACUUGAAGGAGGGCUCGGGCAAGGAUGCCGAGAAUGAAGUCCUCCUCUUCGAAUUCAUCGACGGGGACCUCAAGCGACAAGUCAUACACCCCAAGACUGGCGAAGCUGUCAACCCCAAGCAGAAGCUGAGAGAGGAGAAACUCAAGAUGCCCGUCUUCAGCCAGAAGCAGAUGAUGAAGUGGAUCGAGAAGCGAAAUGCAAAGUUCACAUCCGCUAUCAAUGCAUGGCUCAACGAAUGCGCCGAAAAAGACGUGGAUCCCGUACAACGAUUAGAAGAAGAGCAUCUGGCGCAUGUUCCUAUACCGACUGCUAGUCGAGGUGCCACGCCUGCGCCGGAUCCUUCCAAAAACUCGUUGCCAAAGAGCAUACCCACUGACAGGCAAAGUAUACCCGACAUCAUCACCGAUCUGAAAGGCCUGGAGUGGUACACGGGUCAGAUCGUACCCGACGGUCACCGAGUUUUUGAUCCGCAAGAAGCUGUAUAUGGCGACCUGAAUUUUUCCCUCAGCCAGAAUCUUGUCAAUGCGCUGUUCAACACGAGAGGCAUCGAACGACUGUACAGCCAUCAAGCAGAGGCUAUCAAUGCCCUCCACGAAGGUCAAAACGUCAUCGUUGCCACUUCUACAAGCUCGGGGAAGAGUCUGAUCUAUCAGAUACCAGUGUUGACUGAACUCGAGAGCGAUCCUCAAACGAGAGCGAUGUACAUCUUCCCCACCAAGGCUCUUGCUCAGGAUCAGCGACGAAGUCUGAAAGAACUCCUCACGUUUAUACCGGGCCUUGAAGACCUGGUAUGCGACACGUUCGACGGUGAUACGCCGAUGGCUGAUCGUAACUUCCUCCGAGAUGAGGCGAGGAUCAUCUUCACCAAUCCAGACAUGCUACAUAUCACGAUUCUGCCGCAGGAAGAAAGCUGGCGCACUUUCCUACAGAAUCUCAAGUAUGUCGUGGUCGAUGAGUUGCACGUCUACAACGGCCUGUUCGGCGCUCAUGUGUCGUUCAUCAUGAGACGGUUGAGAAGGAUAUGUGCUGCGGUGGGGAACAGGAGAGUAAAGUUCAUAUCAUGCUCGGCAACGGUGGCGAACCCGCAGGAGCACAUGCGCACCAUCUUCGGUCUGGAGGAUGUUAAACUCGUCGACUUCGAUGGGAGCCCGAGCGGCAGGAAGGAGUUCUUAUGCUGGAACACUCCAUUCAAAGAUCCCAACGAUCCUACAUCUGGACGGGGCGACACCUAUGCAGAGACCGCCAGAUUGUUCUGUCAGCUGAUUCUGAGAGGAGUGAGAGUCAUUGCGUUCUGCAGGAUUCGGAAGCAGUGCGAGGUCAUGACCACUGCUGUCAAGGCUGAGCUUGUGGCUCUCGAGCGUCCGGAAGUCAUGAACCGAGUCAUGGCUUACCGUGCAGGCUACACGCCGCAAGAUCGCAGGAGAAUUGAAAAAGAGAUGUUUGAGGGCAAACUGGUUGGGAUUAUUGGAACGAAUGCUCUCGAGCUUGGAGUCGACAUUGGCUCCCUUGACGCCGUCGUCACUGUUGGCUUUCCUUUCACGAUCGCAAAUUUGAGACAGCAAAGUGGACGAGCCGGACGACGGAACAAGGACAGCUUGAGUGUGUUGGUCGGCGACUGCUUCCCCACCGAUCAAUAUUUCAUGAACAACCCCGAUGAGAUUUUCACUCGACCGAACUGCGAGCUGCAAGUCGAUCUCACGAACAUGCUGGUACUGGAAGGACAUAUCCAAUGCGCUGCGCACGAAAUGCCCAUUCGCCCUGACGAGGACAAGCAGUACUUCACCAAGCAGCUUGAAUCUGUAUGUGAGGAACGAUUGCGCAAGGAUGAGCUUGGCUUUUACCACACCGAUGCUCGCUUCCUGCCGCAUCCAAGUCGUACCGUGGCCAUCAGAGAUACGGAAGACGCCCACUUCGCCAUCAUCGAUACCACGGGCGGAAAAAAUGUCGUUCUCGAAGACUUGGAAGCCAGCCGCGCAUUCUUCACCAUCUACGAAGGUGGCAUCUUCCUGCAUCAAGGACGCACCUAUCUCAUCAAAGAGAUGAGCACGGAGCGCAUGAUUGCCAAGGUCGAGUAUGUGAAUGUGGAAUGGACGACGCAACAGCGCGACUACACCGACAUCGACCCCGUCGAGACCGAGGCCAUUCGCCGCAUUCCAGGGAGUCUGUCGCGAGCCUUCUUCGGCGGCAUCAAGAUCAAGCAAGUGGUGUUUGGUUUCUUCAAGCUGGAUAAGAGGAGACGGAUUCUAGAUGCCGUGCAAGUCGACAACCCGCCGAUCAUCAUUCAUUCUAAGGGUAUGUGGCUUGAUGUACCACGCUCCGCCAUCGAUAUUCUAAACUCCAGGCGUCUCAAUCUCGCCGGCGCUAUCCACGCGGCUGAACACGCUAUCCUUUCGCUGAUGCCAAACUUCGUCAUCUCAAUGCCCGGAGAUGUGAAAACGGAAUGCAAAGUCGCUAUCAAAGAGUUCGCAAAGAAAGAAACGAGUCGCAAGCGCCCCGCCCGCCUGACAUUCUACGAUGAUAAAGGCGGCCAACACGGCUCAGGCAUCGCAGGCAAGGCAUUCGAAUUCGUCGACCUGCUGCUCAAUCAGGCAUGUGAGCGCGUGGAAGCCUGCCAUUGCACCGAGGGCUGCUUGGAGUGCUGUUGCAGCGAGCGAUGCAAAGAGGCGAACGUGGUGAUGAGCAAAGCGGGCGCGGAGGUGAUUUUGAAGUCGCUUUUAAACCGUGAGAUCGAUGUGGAUAAUUUGCCUUGGGGUCCUGAUGAUGAGAGGGUCAAGGCGGGGAUCGAGACUGUCGUUGUUGCUGACGAGGUGAGGCCGCGGCCGGGGACUGUUGUGGAGAUUGUGGAGGUGAAGAGGGAAGGUGGGGGGUCACGGAGGGUGGUCGUUGGUACGGAAGGACAUGUCGUGGGCGAUGUUUCUGACGGCGAUGAUGAUGUGGUUGUCGUGAAGGAGGAGCCUGCGGAUUGA